CGUAUAUAAGGCAGCCCCAGGGUGCUCCGCUCUCUUUUUUUUCAACCGCCAUCGCUGUGGCUGUUAGUGUGAGGGCCAGAGCCCACAGCCUCGGCCAGGAUGCCCGUUGCCAGGAGCUGGGUGUGCCGGAAGACCUAUGUCACCCCUCGGCGCCCCUUCGAGAAAUCCCGCCUCGACCAGGAGCUGAAGCUCAUUGGCGAGUACGGGCUGCGGAACAAGCGCGAGGUUUGGCGGGUGAAGUUCACCCUGGCCAAGAUCCGCAAGGCGGCCCGUGAGCUGCUCACGCUGGACGAGAAGGACCCCAAGCGCCUCUUUGAAGGCAACGCCCUGCUGCGCCGGCUGGUGCGCAUCGGGGUGCUGGACGAGGGCAAGAUGAAGCUGGAUUAUAUCCUGGGCCUGAAGAUCGAGGAUUUCCUGGAGCGGCGCCUCCAGACCCAGGUCUUCAAGCUGGGCCUGGCCAAGUCCAUCCACCACGCCCGGGUGCUGAUCCGCCAGAGGCACAUCCGGGUGCGGAAGCAGGUUGUGAACAUCCCGUCCUUCAUCGUGCGCCUGGACUCGCAGAAGCACAUCGACUUCUCGCUGCGCUCGCCCUAUGGGGGCGGCCGGCCUGGCCGCGUCAAGAGGAAGAACGCCAAGAAGGGGCAGGGCGGCGCCGGCGGGGCGGAUGAGGAAGAGGAGGAUUAAAGGCCCUGGCAGCUCCCCCUGCUGGGCAGCCUGCACUGCUGUAUCAAUAAACCAGUUUGGAGUGGA